ACCAAAAAAAAAAAAAAAAUCCAGUUGAUUUUCUACCAUACCUAAAUUGAUUUGGGUAUGGGGGAUUUAUGCGAGGAUUUGUGGGUUGAGAUUUUGGGUAGACUAUCAUCGGAGAAGGACUUGGUGCCAUGCAUGAGCGUGUCCAAGUUAUGGCACCGAAUAACAUCUGGUCUUUGGGUGCAGAGAUUUUGGGCGCAGUCCCCUCCUUUGGGUCUUUUCUUCCGCACCGCCACCACCAGCACCACCACCGUAGACAAGGUAUUGCAUCGUAUGAAUUAUAUCUCUUUAUAUAAUUAUCAUGCCAUGGAAGAUAACCUGGAAAGCACUCGUUCUUGCGGAGGUCAAUUUUAUGACGAAGAAUCGUAUAGGACGAAAAAGUCUCAUUGGCAGUAUUUUGAUCGACAAUGGUAUAAGCCGGGUGCCACUGCUGAAUCCACUGAUCGUGAUGAGUACCUAAAUGGUUGCAAUGGUUUAGUUUUGUUAAUGAAAUCAGCAACUUAUCAGUUUUAUGUUUGCAAUCCCAUCACAAGACAACAAGUUGCCAUACCUAAAGCCUGUGUCCACCAAAACCAUGAUAAUCAGCAUUUUUGUGCUGCUUUGGCUUUUGACCCUUCCGAAUCUGCUCAUCACUUCAGAGUUGUUAGAAUUGAUUAUUCUGCAUCCUACUCAGCUGUGCUGGAUAUAUUCUUGACUGAAUAUGGACUGUGGGUUCGACAUUGGCUGCAAAUUGACCCAGGUUUUACUGAGGGAUUCAAAAGCUCCAAGCUGUGCAGGCAUUUUGUUUACUUGCGAGGUAGGCUAUACAGCAUAGCCCUAUCCUGGAACCUUUUAUGCAUUGACCUCAAUACUGUUGCAGCUUCUGCCCUUGAACUUCCUGUUCCAGAAGAUGAAAAGACCGGAGCCAUGGGAUGUCUUGGGGUGUCGAUGAAUAGUCUCUGCUAUAUGAAGCGAAUGCUCGAUAAUUCGAAGGACUUUCACAAUCUGGCAGUUUGGUAUAAUGUUGAAGAAUCUGGGGAAUGGAUUCUCAGAUAUAGUGUUUCUUGUCGCUUAUUGGGAUACGGAUUCCAGUCUCGAGGUUAUGACUACGAUGAUUCCAUGGAACCCUGUGCAAUAAGUCCAACUUCAGAUCUCUUGUUCUAUGGUAAUCCCAACCUGAUUUGUUGUAUCCACCUUAAAAGCGAAAAGAUGAAAUUCGUUUGCGAAACAAUCUCUAAAAUAGAUCCACCUGCUUCUUUCUUGACAUUACGUGCAUGCUUCGUACCUUUCUACACUCAGUUGAACAAGAGGAAUGACGUCUCCACUCCAUUAGCAACAGCUUGUGAGCGCACAGAAAUUUUAAGUGUGGAAGUACCAUACGGGAAACAAGAAGAUGGUGAAUCAGUUGAAGUAAUAAAUGUUAAGUUAUAUGAUAGUUUGCAAAAAAAGCCAUCCCCGUCAUUGGUUUAUCCCAGUGAAAUCAUGGGAAUGCAUUUAAAGCUUGAACAUAUCCCCCAAUUUCUACUUGAUAUAAUGGCAAUGUAGAACAUAACCUCUACAUAACUGAAAAAUAAAAUUGUCAUCGAAAACAGCAAUUUUGACCAA